CAGCGGAUCACUGACGUGCGAUCACAGAUAUCACGCAAUCAAAAUACUUAUGAGAGCCCACGUUCGGUUUAACGACAGUUCCGCGACACCAUGGUAAUGACAGCGCCCAUGGAUUCGUAAGGAGAGCGUUGUCGUUGGCUGAAGGUAAGAGCGGAAAGUUCGUACGGAGUUUCACUGAAAGGUCCGCGCUGAUACGCGUCGCUCCGCGAGACGCAGCAGCGCGUGCGAGUGGCGCAUUUGUACGCAAGAGCGAGACACUUGACGGAGCAACACAGCUGUGAUUUCUUCACCAGUUUGCCUUCAGUUUAACGUCUCUGACUGACUUAAAUGCUUCAAAAGGCCCUCGGUUCACAGUAACGCUCGUGCUGUGGCGGUUUAACGUUUAAACUAAAGCAGGACGCGUUUUUCUGUCUGAAAUCGGAAACUCCAUGAGGAAAAUAACAGACGAGAUCUGAGAGCCGGUUCUUGAGAAUUCCUCCGUGUUUCUGUCACGUCAGGAUGUGUGUGAGAUGCUGUUUGUGUGCUGAGAGCAGUUUUUUAAACUGCAUCUUGGUGUGAGCGUCAGCCUGAAGUUUGUGUGUGUAAUGGAGGGUUUUCCUGUUCACUGAUGCUGCAGCACUGCCCUGCAGUCAUGUCUGCAUGCAACACCUUCACUGAGCACGUAUGGAAACCAGGAGAGUGCAAGAACUGCUUUAAGCCCAAGAGCCUUCACUGGCCUCCAGAGCAAGCCAAUGAGAGCAAGACGGACACUAAUGCAAAACUUGCCAACAGCUGCCAGAGGAGUAUCUCCUCAUCACGUGCUGGCCAGGUCCGCCCACCUGUCGCCAAGAAACCCACCAUUGCGGUGAAACCCACCAUGAUGCUGCCUUGUUCCCCACCAGAAUUGGACUCUGAGGGAAAUUAUCCAAGGCUUGCCGAUGGAGGACAGGUCAGUAAGAGCUCACCUUUCACCAUCUGGAACCACAAGAGCCUGAAUAGCACAAGACUUGCAGGGACAAACAACAAUCAAGGAGAGUAUUUAGUUGGGCAGACAGAGACAUACGGUGCCAUGUCCAUGCAGCCAGCUAGCAGCAACAACAACAACGGACUGACCGAUGUGCUGAAAGAGAUUGCUGGUCUGGAAUCUUCCCCAAGCUCCAGCAGAGAUGAAUUCUUUGGUCGGAUUUGCAGUUUGUAUCGGCGUUCGUUAGAGAGGGGCCUUCCAGCUUCAAGUUGCUUCCAUGCUGGGAGUGGCCAAGGAGCUAUGAAACGUGUUUCCCUCAGUGACAGUGCAGAGAUUAUCAGCUCAGAGGGAGGGCGUUUCUGUUAUCCUGAGUUCUCCAGUGAUGGUGAUGAUGAGGAUGAUGAGAGUGGUGAUGAGGAUGAUGACGGAGAGCAUGACAGUUGGGAUGAAAGUGACGAAGAGUUAUUGGCGAUGGGGAUCCGAAUGCGAGGUCAGCCUCGUUUUGCUAAUUUCCGUGCAGCCACGCUGUCCCCGGUUCCCUUUGAUGUAGGGAAGAAAUGGAACACAGUUCCUCUACGUAAUCGCUCGCUGCAGAGAUUCUGUGCAGUGGAUUAUGAUGACAGUUACGAUGAGAUUCUCAAUGGAUACCCAUCUGUGGACUCAAAUGGAGCUCCAGGUCUUCGCUCAUACGGCUCUGACCACCAAGGCAGUGACUUUCUGUCCACCUCUGAUUCCAACACCUCACCUGAGUCCUUGACUUCUCUACCUGAAGAUUCCUGCACUGUCAGCAUUAGGGACACUGGUGACCAGAGAUAUUGUCUUUCAUUGUCAUCUGUCAAAGAACAUUCAGCUAGAGGACUGAGCUCACCAAAAUCCAGUGAAAGACACAAAGCUGUUCUUGCCAUUCGACUGGAAGAUCAAGAUGACAGUCAAAGAGAGGGAGGGGCAAUCCCACAGGCCCUUCCUGGCCAGCCAAUUACCAUUAGCUUUAGCCCAACCGAGGAACAGGCGAAGCCCUAUCGAGUGGUGAAUCUUGAGAAGGCUCCUAUCUGUAAGCCUUACACUGUGGUGGAUGUAUCUGCCUCCAUGGCCACAAAAGACAAUCAUGCUCACUGUAGUGAAAGCGUUUCAAAGCCAAGCAUCCCCAGUGUUGCACUCAACCCUUCCACUGAUCCCGGUCAUGUCUCGGCAACCUCCACUCAGUCCCCCAGAUCUCCUGUCUCACUUGUGGCAUCUCCAUCCCUGUCACUGUCUCUUAUGCCACAGUCUCUUGCAGGUUCUCCCACUGCAGGACCCAAUGCUUCCCGAACAAAACCUGGCAGUAUCCGUUACCAAGAGGUGUGGACGUCUUGCACCAGCCCACGACAGAAGAUUCCUAAAGUUGAUUUGACAAGCAGCAGUGCCACUUCAAGACUCAUCAACCACAAAUCGGCUCCCACUUCUCCAACUGCAUGCUUCGGCUCUGCACGCACAGUCCCAACAAAAUCCCCAAACUUAUCUGAGAUCAAAUUUAACAGCUACAACAAUGCUGGCAUGCCCCCGUUUCCCAUCAUUAUCCGAGAUGAGCCUGUAUAUGCACGCAGCUCCAAGAAAGCAGUGAAGGUUCCCAUUGUAAUAAAUCCCAGUGCUUACGAUAAUUUGGCUGUGUACAAGAGUUUCCUGGGCCUCAACGGUAAACUGCCCCAUUCCAAGCCAGAGGCAGGAGAGCGAGUGUCCAGCCACACAUAUGAGGAGAUUGGAUCUUCUGAAAGCACACAUCCAUCUACUACUGAGCAGACACCUCAAUUGAAGCACUCACCAGACACAAAUGCUAACACGGAACUGAGGACCACCCCAGCAUCAGGACAGACAGUGAACGAUGGUAAAGCCAGGACCACAACAGAUCUCUUCGCCCUUCCCACUGGUAACCUGAGCCCCAGCCCUACCUCUGCUGUUCUGACUCACAGCAGUCUGGAUCGCAGUUGUAAUCCCAGUGGUGAGCAGCCACCAGAGGACAGCAGAGAGGGCCAGGUCACAUCCAGCGACGGUUCAGGUCAGCGAGAGAAAGCAAGUGCGGUUCCGUCUCAGAUUGUGGCCUCAAUACAACCACCGCCAUCUCCUCCAGACACCCCUGCUGGCCAAAGUAAGACCUGCUGCAUGGAGGAGCUUUACUCUAUGCCACCAGAUGCCUCCAGAGACACUCUUAGCAGACCCAAAUUACUUCACUGCUCUGCAGAACCUCACAAAGACAUGCCACCCAAACUCUUGCCUAAAUCCCAGAGUGCCUCUGCUGCUGUACACCCCACCAGCCCCAGAUAUGAACCAAGUGCCCCAUUACCCCCGGUCCGGUCCAGCUCCUCUCCUUACCACUCAAGCAACCUGCUCCAGAGACACUUUAGCAACUGGACCAGACCAACUGGGGCCAAGCCUUGUGAUGGCGAGACCAGCCCAGGUGCAGAGGGCAAACGUUCAGCUUAUGCCAACAAGCCCAAGCGCUGGAUUUCCUUCAAGAGCUUCUUCCGCCGGCGGAAAGAUGAUGAUGAACAGAAGGAGAAAAUUGAGCUAGAGAAAGAAAAAGGGAAACUGCUGGGAUUGGAUGGGACAGUCAUCACCGUACUGCCCCCUCCGCCUGUACAGAGACAGCACUGGUUUGCUGAGUCCAAGACAGAUGACCCUCACCAGAAACCUACUAUCAUAUUUACCUAUAAAUCAGAAAGUACCAUGGGUGGAGAAGAGGCAGAGCUUCGGGUUGAGGAGCACAAAGAGAGCUCAUGUGUUACAGGGGAAUGUGGAGCUUCCAACUUAUCAACUCCACCAAAGAGCAGAGCCAGUCUCCUUAUAAGCAAAGUCAUGAAUCAGCUUCCAGUUCAGGAUACUGAAAUAUCCUCGGCCACCUCGCUGCCUGCUAAGCUGGAGCUCUCGCCCCUUCGUGAGCAGUCUGCCUGCUGUCCGCCCCCAGCAUCACCCACUUCACACAGCAGCAGGCAGGCAGAAAGAGAGGAAGAGGAAACCGCUCAUACCAUCUCACACUCUUCAGCAUCAAGCAGCUGCAGGGCUACGUACACAAACCUUGGUCAGUCCAGGGCCAACAUGAUCCCUGUGAAACAUCCCAGACAUCCUAAAACAUCUGAUGACACUUUAGCCUCUGACCCAGAGGUCAUCGAACCUAUCUCUAAAGCCACCCCUCCACCCCUGCCCAAAAAGUCAGUCCCACGUGUUCAAACAGAAUCGUCCACUUUAGGUAUAGUACUCUCAGCCCCACGACCCAAAGGAGAGGCCAGACCAGGCAGGACCAGGACCAAUCUGAGCGUCGCCAAUCCACUCUACGAUCUUGAGUCCACAUGGGAUACAGCCAGUCAGAGUUCCUCACUUAGCUCAGAGGCACAACAUCUCGAUGAAUCUGGAGACUCCCUGGAGCGUCCCUCAGGUGGACGGAGCCUGUCCUGCCUGACCAAUAACAGCUUCAUGCAGGCUUGUGAUCGCCGUGGCUACCAGAGUACAGACAGUCUAACGGCCAGGACGCGAGGGGCUGGGAGGCCUGCUAAAGCACAGAAAGAUGUGGUUUAUAGAGGGAUAGAGAGCUGGGAGGAAGUGGUUGGGAGAAUUCGAGGACUGCACACGGAUACGUUGCGCAAACUGGCGACAAGAUGUGAAGAUCGAUUCAUGGCUGGACAAAAAGAUCACCUCCGCUUCGGGACAGACAGCUGGUCUCACUUUCGGUUGACUGCAGGGAAACCUUGUUGUGAGGCUGGAGAUGCUGUUUACUACACAGCAUCUUUUGCCAAAGAACCUCUGAUGAACUAUGCUGUCAAGAUCUGUAGAGGUGUGGUGAAGGAGACACAGCAGCAGUUUUUUCAUAGUCUGGCAGUUCGACAGAGUAUUGCCAUCCAUUUCAACAUCCAGCAGGACUGUGGCCACUUCCUGGCAGAUGUUCCAGCCCGCCUGCUGCCCUGGGAGAGUGAAGAAGACAGAGAUGAGGAGAGAGGCAGUACAGUAGCAUUGGAAAAAGCAAAUGAGGAACAUGCCGAGGCUGCAGGCGGCAAACUGUGCAACCGGGUUGUUGUGAUUACACGUGAGGUGCCAUUUCAGACCAUGGCUGAUUUCGUACGUGAGGGCGUAGAGCGUCACUCACGAAACUCUGAGCUGUAUGAACGUCAAGUGUGUCUGCUGUUGCUGCAGUUGUGUGCAGGACUCGAGCACAUGAAACCAUACCACGUCACACACUGCGACCUGCGACUUGAGAAUCUUCUGCUGGCGCACUCCCAGCCCGGCAACCUGUGGAACCAUGAGUUAUUGGAAACCAACAACAACACUGCAUAUGGACCGUCCUCUGCUGCGGCCUCUGCUUGCCCAGCCCGCCUCAUCAUCAGCAACUUCUCUCAGGCCAAACUUAAGAAUGCGACGCUGGAACCUGCUUGGCUUCAAGAACAGUCCCGUCUUGCUCCCGAGCUUAUUACUGCCACUCAGUACCGCAAAUGCGACGAAUUCCAGACCGGCAUACUGAUCUACGAAAUGCUGCAUCGGUCGAACCCUUUCGAGGAAAGUCCACAACUCAAAGAGAGAGAAUACUGCAGCUCCGAUUUACCCCAGUUGCCAUUGCGUUCCCUCUACUCAAACGGCCUUCAGCAGCUCGCAACAUUGCUGCUCAACCCCAAUCCUUCCGAGCGCAUUCAGAUGGCGGACGCCCGGGCAUGUCUGCAGUGUCUACUGUGGGGUCCACGAGAGGAUCUGUUUAAUUCUUUGAAUCUUAGUGCCGGGCCCGUCCAACGCCAUGUCAUCCUGCAGAACUGGUUAGACCUGAAACAAACGCUGAUGAUGAUUAAGUUUGCAGAGCGUUCUUUGGACUCUGGUUGCGGCGUGAGUCUCGAGGACUGGUUGUGCUGUCAGUAUCUGGCCUUCGCCACCACAGAGUCUCUCAGUAGAGUGAUCAAAAUCCUGCAGCAGCCGCAGGGCGUGCUUAUCUGAUCGCAGCAGAACAACAUCACAAAUGUGCCCACCCAGUAUUUUUAGCCAAUUUGGUUCCAGAAUAAUUUUCCCAUUCAUUUUUUUUCCAUAGGGUUAUCGAGAAUUAUUACCUAUAAACCAAACCAUCCAGCUCCAAGGUGAAUUGCAAAAUUUGAUUUAAGCAAAAAAGUACUUGAAGACAAAGGUACAAGACUGUGUUUUUACAUCUACAAUCCCAUGAAAAAUUUCAAAUUAAUUAAACAAAUUAUAAAAUAUAAAAAUAUUGAUUUAAAAUUUGUGAUUCUAAGUAUAGAAACUAUACAUUUUAAGUUUAUUGCAAAAUAUUCAUAUACAAAAUAUAUGAUUAUUUUGAUCGUGUAGGGAGACCGACUUGAUUGCAUCAUUUGCAGUGUGUCAUUGAAGUUGGCAAUCGCUACAGUGCCCGUUUUUAGCAUUUUAAUUGCUGCAGUUCUCUGAUUUGUGAAUCUUUUCUCUUCAGGAUCUGGGUUUUGUAGAUCGAUAACAACCUCUGAGCUCACAGUAGGUCUGUCUUUAAAGGUUUGUAAGUUAUCAUUAAAACAUCGACCUGCCUAUGAAGAAAAUGAAAGGGAUUUUUACUUUAAGAAUCACACUGUUGCGCUCUGUAGUGACCAAUGAACUCUGGCACAGGCUGGGACAUGUAAGCAUGUGCGAUGUACAGAUGGUUUUUUUUUUUUUUUUUUUAUCAUAUGAAUUUGUUAGUGAAUAUAUUCGCAUUGGGUUUACCGUGCAGAGUCAAAAUUAGUCAGAACAGACCAGUUUACAGGGUGAAAAGUGACAAUGUGAAGUCAUAUUUCACAGAUAAUGGCACAUUAAUAGAACUGCUUGUAUGAACAAAGUGAAACUGCAUGAAAUGUGUGUGUGUGUGUUGUUUGUUUAGUUUGGCUUUUCACUCUGCUGUAGGGACUUGUGAGUAUAUCAGCAGGAAACCACUGAUCCAACAUCAGCUAUAUCAAUAUUCCAGUAACUCAUUAAACUUAGAUGAUAGAAAUACAGUAACAAUACACUACCAUACAGUAUGUGUAUGAUUGUAUGUCUGUGGAGGUAAACUGAUAUUAGGUCACUGAUUGAAUGAAUGCAUUUGAGUCUAUAACAUGCCUUACUUUAUAUAUGUGUGUGCGUGAGAAAGAGAAACAAGGACGGAAACUAAAUAUUAGCAAUCAUAUCACUCAAAUCUGUUGUUGUAUCAGGAUACAGAUUAGUUUGAGACUACAUAUUGGAUUAAGAUAUUUUUUCUACCAUAACAAGAGCACAGUAAUGCUUACCAAAGACUAAACUCUGAACCACACAGAACAAAAUAUAUUUUUACAUUUUACAUAUUCAAAGAGAAUAUAUUAAUAAUCUUCCUCAUAAAGAAAGUGUCCUUAUGCAGUUAUAACAAAUGCAGCUUGCUGCUCUGUAGUACUUAAUUAAUUUUGAAUCAGAGAGAUUGGCUUUAGUGUCAUCAUCUGAGGCACCAAACUCACUCAAUCAAACUAGAGUCACUCCAGAUUGUGAUCGUAGUGGCCACACUUGCAGAAAUGGCUCUCAAAAAUGAUCAGGACAUGGCAAACCCUGACCUUGUGACCUUACAGGAAUGACCUGGACAUUUGUGAAUCCUUUCAUUUAUGUGCAAUCAUUAAUUCGUGCUAAUUUUGUUACAGUAUUUUAAGAUAUAUUUAACACACUUGAUAUUCUCAGCAUGCCUCUGUACUUUUAUCUUCCUGUUUCAGUUUGGCACAUAAAUAUUAGAUUAAACCCCAGGAGGUGUGUGUAUGUAAUGAUAUUUGAUUGUGUGAGAAGCAGAGGUCUGAACCUGGAACAGCACAUUCUUUAGUUAUUUUUGUUGUUGUAGUGUGUUUUAGGGCUUGUAAAACAGGCAAUGGUAGCAGAGAGACAGAAUUCAUACUAGAGUGUUUGUUUGGCAUACAUACAGGCUACUCAAACCCCCCUUACACACACACACACUAGUUGCAUCCCCUUUCCAAUACUUCUGUUAUGCUCUAAAAGUAAGCUACUGUUGAUUUAAGUAUGUACAUUUGAGGAUGUAGUAAGACAUUACACCAGUUAUGGGCAUACUAAAAUUACAUAAAAUUGCUUUCGCCCUUUGUCGUUUCCAUACGUUGAAAUCUAGCUCAAUUUAUUUUAAUAAACUUUUUGGUUCAUGCUUUUAAAAAUUGCUUUGGCAGGUGCGGUCUGACAUCUCUCAAAAUGUUCCAAUAACUCGAAAGAGUCAAAAAUUCACCACAAAUUGUAAGUUGUCCUGGCUUGCUUGUUAGUGUAAUAAUUUUGCAUACUGUAGACCUUAUUAACAGCAGCACCAUCUUUGGUUAUUGACUGUAAUGACAAUGAGGUUGUGAGGUAUGGACUUCCAUCUCUUUAAUGGGCUGUACUGCAUUUUAAAGUGUUUUUGGAUUGUUCCGCAUUUCUAUGUUUCCAAGAGCAUUCAGUAGAUAUAAAAACUCCAAUUCAACAUGAGUUGUGGAAAAUCAGAAGUGAUCUAGGAGCUUUUUACAGCUUCAUACCGUCCCUGCCAUUGAAGAGAUGGUAAGUCCUUCCCUCACGGCCUUGUUGUCAUUAAAAAUCAAAGAUGGCGCUCCUGUGAAUAAGGUCUACAGUACAGUUUGGGUAGUAUGUGAAUGCAACCACUCUUAAGGACAAACUGUUCUCUACAGAAGUAUGUGAAUGCAGAUGCUUCUCGCUAUGUAAGCUCGAUUUCUUGCUUGGUGAGUAACUAAAUGAGUCGGACAGCCAUUCAUAACACAACGCAAGUAUGUGCUGCAUUCUCAACGUUGACGCAAGGGUAGCUGAGUUUUCUCUUUUAAGCCAAUUUCUGUAAUGGGGGAGCAACAGUUUGAAGAGAAUAUUGCUAGGCUGAAGUCAAGUUAAAGUCAACAUAUAGCAACUUACCUGAAUAAUAACACCCCCAGUAUAAUGGCACAGACUUUUGAAGGUAACUCUAUCGCCCCCUUGAGUAUUGAGGUUUGCAACCCCACAGUAACGCAUUGGCACAGUGUUGACCAGGUGCUCGCAUCUGCGUCUAUUUAAUUGCAUUAAGUAUGUUUCUGGCCUUACUGUUCUGUUUCCUUGAAUUGAAUUUUACAUAUUAAAGUAUGAUGAUUUGCAUAUUUUCUGAAGAGAAAGGGAUUUCAUGAUUGAUUGGUUCUUGUAAGGUCAUUGGAUGUAGUCUCUCUCAGUGAUGAACCAGGGCGGGACCAUUAGUUUUACACCCAUCCAUUUCCCAAGCAGCAGUUUGAGUUCCAUCAAUUCCAUUAAAAAGAAGCAGGAGCAUUGUGUGUGUGAGUGAAUCUGUUGUGUGUUGUGCUGAAUUCUUGCAGGUCUCACCAUAGGCUUGUUUUUAUUAGUCAGAUAGCAGACAUGGGGACUUGUGACUUGGUGACUUGGACUCGAGUCACUAUUUUUAUGACUUGUGACUUGACUUGACAAAAAAUAAAAUACUUGAGACUUGACUUGGACUUGGAAGUUAAAGACUCGGGACUUGACUUGACUUGAGACACGAAGACUUGAAUGACUUGAGUGUUAAUCACAUCAUGUUUUCAGUUUGAAUAUAAAAUAUAUAAAUUAUUUUAAAAAAUAAAGUUGAUCCAGCUGGAGCGCAGGCUGAGAAUAGUUUUGUCAUGACUGGAUCACGACACUAUAGGCUAUCAUCAGCCAUGCCCUCGUACCUUACGCACACCAUGCCCACUUAGAUCAGAUAACACAUCAACAUGUCAGCCGGAGGGGUAACGUUACCGAGGGUCAUCGCUUUUGGCUUCAAAAAUUAUUAUCAAGAUGGCAAAAGACGAACAGCGCUUUGCAAGACAUGCAACGUUAAGAUCGCGGACAGCCAGACGACAACCUCCAAUUUCGUCCGCCAUUUGAAGAGCCAUUCUGCCCAGUAAGUGCUUGUCAAUUUGUUAAUUUUAUCUGGUUAGUUGGUAGUUAGCUAAUGUAAUAAUAGCAGGGUUCCCACGGGUCCUUGAAAUCCUUGAAAGUUUGUGAAUCUGAAAAAUAAAAUUCAAGGCCCUGGAAAGUUCUUGAACAUAAACAUACAUAGAUACAAGUCCUUGAAAGUGCUUGAAUUUAUUUUGUGCAAGAAGUUUUCUGGAAAAAAAAAAAAUCUGUCCAUUAAUUUUUUAUUUCGCCAACACUUUGUGGCUUAUGCUGCAUACUUUCCUGCUUGAUUUACGUUAGUUACGCGCAUUUACGUUAAGUGUUUCCCGCGCUAGGUGCUUUGUUUUGUACGUUGCCAUGACGUUCACGCGCGCUGGUACCUCAACGUUUCCCACUCACAGACAUUGCAAAAAUAGUCUUAUGGAUAUACUGUGUGAGUGAGUGUGGGUGUGGGAGUGUGAGAGCGCGAGAGUGAGUGUGUGUGUGUGUGUGAGUGAGUGUGUGUGUGAGUGAGUGUGGGUGUGGGAGUGUGAGAGCGCGAGAGUGAGUGUGUGUGUGUGGGAGAGAGAGUGUGUGUGGGUGUGGGAGAGAGUGUGUGUGUGUGAGAGAGAGUGUGUGUGUGAGAGAGAGGAGAAAUGUAACAAAGUUUAAUGUACGUAACUGUGUUUGAGAGAGAGAGAGGGAGGUGUUCAGAGAGGAGUCUGUUGGAUGUUAAGCUGUUAUUUGUUUUAUGGACUCAAUGUUGAAAAUUUAAAACAUUUCAAACACUGUUGGCAGAAGUGAAAAAUAAAUAAUUUUAUGAAGUUACAAUUUUGUUUGAUUCCAUGAUGUAUUUUACUGAACAUGAGUAUUGUAAUUUACUGACAGUUACUUAUAUCUUGUCUUUUCACUUUAUUAUGAUCAGAUUCUGCAGGUAAAAUUACAAUAAUAAGGUGACUUGACUUGGACUUGACUUGACAUAGCCUGUGACUUGACUUGACUUGACUUACCCAAGAAAAAAAUACUUGGGACUUACUUGAGACUUGAAGGUUAAGACUUGAGACUUACUUGAGACUUGCACAUGUGUGACUUGGUCCCAUCUCUGUCAGAUAGCAAUAUGUUGUAUAUGAAUUAAAUUUGUAUAUAAUUAUUUCAUUGUAGUUUAUUGAAAACUAUUAAUAUCAUUACAGGAGUUUUAACUUGAGAGAAUGAAAGUGUCAGCAGAUGUCUGUAACCUGGAGAUAGUGUGUGCGUUUGUGAGAGAGUGCGUGUUUUGCUCAUCCAUUAUCAGUUUAUCUGGAUUAAUUCAUUCACAUAAUUUCUUUGUUUCACAUCAUUCACACAAUGUUUAUUGCCAGUGAUGAUUUCACUACUGCUUUUUACCUAUUUAGAUCUCCAUUACUGAGUUUACCGCUCAUAAUAAAACUACAAAUAUGUUUUUAAA